GCCUGAUCGGACAGGACAGACAGCAUUUGUGGAGUUUUGCACCGCGACAAGUUUAUAACUUGAACUUCAGGUUGUUUGCUCGCCUACAUUGGUUGAUCCUUCCAGCCGCUGCACGAACCCAGCUAGGAGUAAAGUGCUUCUCGACAAACCCCUUGACGCGUGACUAAGUUGCGUCUGCGCCUUCCAACAAUAUCUUUUCAUUGUCGACGAUCAAGCGUCUCGAUCUGCAGUAUGGAUCGCAGUCUAGACGAUACAAUUGCUGAACGCCAGCGAAGCCAACCCCGGGUUCGACGAGCACCUCCUCCUCCACGUCGUCGCGAUUAUGAUUACCCUCGCGAUGGAGUCAGAAAGUCUGCAAGAGAUGAGCGAACGAAUCUCGACAACGACUGGGUCCACGAUCGAUAUGACGACGAGCCGGACAGCCGCGAUUAUGAUCGACCAAGAGAAAGAUACGACCGUAAAGGAGUGCGAGACCGUGUGCCAGAGCCUGAUAGAAAUCCGCCUCCAGCCAAACUUCGUGUCGACAAUCUUCAUUAUGACCUGACUGAAGAGGACAUCUAUGAUCUUUUCGAGCGCAUUGCGCCUGUCAUGGACGCUAAACUCCGUUAUGAUCGAGCCGGACGCUCAGAAGGUGUCGCGUUUGUCACUUAUCAGCAUGUCGCCGAUGCCAGGACAGCCAUUCGCGAGUUCGAUGGUGCCAACGCCAAAGGCCAACCAAUCCGGCUUACGCUUCUUCCCCUGCCAAGGAGGGACAACCCCUUUGAUCGGGUGGAGAAUCCGAAGAGUCUCUUUGAUCGAAUUGAAGCACCAAGUGGGCGCAGUAGACGUCGGAGUGCAAGUCCUAUGGAAGAAGUGGAGGAAGACCGGGUCGCUAGGCGCGGCCCACGCAGAGGCCAACCGAGAGACCGGAGAACUGAUACCACCCGACCAGCACCCGAGAACAUCGAUCGAUAUAUUCCCGGCCAGCGUGACAAUCGAAGCUCGAGUCAUCGGGGAGGUCGAAGACCAGGCGAGAGACGAGAAAGGGCUCCUAGAGACGCAGAUAGCCACAAACUGGUUAACGGCAGACCACGCAAGACUGUCGAGGAACUUGAUGCCGAAAUGGAUGAUUACUGGGGUGGUGCAGGCAACACCCAGGGAGGAACUCAGAACAAUGGCGCUCCAGCCCCGCAAGAAGCCCGGCCUGAGGGUGGAGACGAUGUCGACAUGAUCGAAUGAUCGGCAAGGACUUGUCCAGGCUCCAAGGCGGUGUUUGACUAUUCAACAGCAUGUAUAGGCUCUGGGCCGUACAGCAAGAAGUCUAUCCUACCGAAAUCGGCACGACGUUGUCUGUCCCUGGUUUACAGUCACAGUUCUCAGCCUUCGGGACAUCUACAUCUCGAUUUGAAUGUACGGAAAGACAGUUACGAAGGCAGGCAUGGCUGGGAUGAUCAACCACCAUUACGAACUGGCAGAACUCGUGAACCAGCCUUGUGCGUCCGAAUCAUGAAACUCUGUUCCCUACUAAAGAUUGUAUUCAUCAUAACAAACAGCCUGCAAUGCCCAUUGGACCUCCAUCUAAAUACCUUGUAUUCAAAACUCAGCUACUCAGCUUUGAUCGGAUAAAGUCCUCAACAGCGUUCAUUCCCUCAUCGGAACCACUGCCUUUCACGUUGCGUGGGAAGAAAAUGAAGCCGUGUGGAGCUCCAGGAAUGAUUUUAACUAUGGCCUGACCGCCGGCCAUCAACCAUUUCGUGCUCAUAAACAUGGUAUCAUCGAGCAAACAAUCCUCGGUGCCGCAAGUGAAAAGCGCCGGCGGCAGCUUGCCCCGCAAAGGCUCCAGAUCCGCAUAGAGUGGACUCAAUGAAGGAUGCCUUUUUUCUUCAUCAGACAUGCCGGGACAGAAAGCGUCGAUGAAAUGGUCCAUCAAGUCACGGUCCAGGACCAACACCUCGGGCUUCUUGAAGUUGUAGACACUGGGCGUCCAGAUCAAUGAAAAACACCCGAAGUGCAGCAGAAGGCCCUUGAAUCGAAAAUCGGCGUACUUCCGGUCGUGAUGUUGUAGCAGAUACAGAGCGACCAGCAAACUGAGGUGGGCACCAGCAGAUUCACCCCCAACGAAGGCCAUGGGAAGGCCGAACUUUGCUUCGGCAUUGUCGACAAGCCACUCCGCCACGUCAUAGCAGUCAUUGGGACCAGCAGGGAAAGGAUGCUCCGGGCCCAAGCGGUAACCGACCGAAAUGACCAUGGUCUCCGUGUCUUGCGCAAUGGCCUGCAGCGGCGGAUCCUGGGAUUUCUCGUCCUGUAAGACCCAACCGCCGCCGUGAAUGUGCAUGAAGAUCGCUUUGGCGGACUUGCCGUUCUGAGGCUUCAGGAUCCGACAAGGGAUCGUUCGGUCGGCGUCCCUGGAGGGAAUGUCGAACGACUCGGCAGAGUCCAGAUAUACGGCUUUGGGCAGCGGAGUCUCGCCGGCGGCACGCAUUUCACGGUACCGUUGCGCUCCAACCUGGGAAAAUGGUAGUUGUGUGAGCAUUUAAGUCAGAGGCCCAGGACAAGAAAUUGUGCCGAUGGAAUCCUAGAAAAGUAGCACUUACUUCGUACCACUUUGGCCCGCCGGCCAUGAUGUCCAUCAGAUACUUGUUGAAGGCAUUGGAUUCCUCAGAUAUGACGGCAGGUCCGAACUUGCUGCCGUCGAUGGUGAGCACACUAUCAGAUGCCAUGAUGAUAGGAUGCUGUGGUUGGCAGUGGUUAUUAUGAAGUUGGAAGUGGCACCACUGUAAUAUCAAUGCGAAGGGAUACAGACGAUCACUCUCGCAAUCAGUCAGAGAAGUGUAGUAGAAGAACGUAUAUGUUUAUAUUAUUGAAUGAGAAAUCAAAAGCCGCCCAACAUCAACAGUGAGGCCGUC